CUCGAAGAACUGCUUGCGAAGCUACACCGGAAUGUAUUUGUGACACCAUCCCUGGUCACUGCCAUUGCAAAGCAUGCUUCCUCCCUCGGUGAGAGCAUUUGCAAGGACUACAAUGACUUGAAUAAGAUCAUUAUUCGACACGAAGCGACAAUACGGAAAAGGUGGUUGAAGAAGACUCAGGUUCAACGGCGAGAUAUUCUGCUCAAGGCGUGGCCGAACAUGCCACAAACGCAUCGCCCAGACUACACAGAAGUCAAUGGUUCUCUCAACUACCAUAAACUGUCAAAUAACCUGAGAGAAUGUUUGGGUACCGACGACAAGAAGACCCCACCAUCAGCAUCUAAAAUAUGGCCCUUCAUCAACCUCGAAGAUCUUACAAAACCGAAGACUUUGCUGAUAUUCCUCAACACACGUGGUCGGAAUGUUCCAUCCAUGUUUACGCUUACUGAAGAGGUGUUUAGCCCAUUGGCAGUAAUGUCGAUGUGCUCCUACGAACCCGAGCUAGAUCAAUACAGCCUACAAAUCAUUGCAUUCCUGGCUGUGUGCAGCAAACUGAUCUUGCAUGAUAUGGACCAUGAUAUGCUGUACUGUAGCGCCAUACAGGAGGAGCCACCGUCAUCUGAACUUGAGCUACCAAGCGACUUGGGAUUCACAACCUUUGCUGAUACACUCAUGGUUGCUCCCUAUCGAAACCGAGGGUCAGUCGAGUUCCUUAGAUUGCGCGCGUAUUUCGACGCUCUGUGCACCAAUGCAAAGGAUCACAUCCUAGCAUUGCGCGAGGAUCCAUCUUAUUUCGCCGAUGCUUUCAAAGACAUCUUGGACAGCAAGUGUUUUCUGAUGUGCAAUGCUGCCAAGUUGGUUACCAAUGCGUACAGCAUGUUCUUCUCCUGGAGAGAACUCUAUCAUAUAGCGGACCUCUUAUCUAAGACAUCUAUGCAGAACCAGCGCGGUGAUUUUGCUACUUUACUGUCGGAGUUCAACUGCACCGUUCAACAUGUGUCCAAACUCAUAUACCAGAUGCUGGAGUGUGCAUCGAUGUCGCCUAAUGUUCGCAAAUACUACAUUCGGGCAGGCAGUCACAUAAUCAUGCAGCGAUGGAAAAUUCGAUCACUCGAGGAGUUUCAGCUGAUGUCAUCCUUUGAGUGUUUCAAUAGGGGCGAAGACAGCGAGGACGUCGAGGGCGCAGCACUGUACCUUCUCUUGGACCAUGUAACCAAGAUAAUGCAGGAGAACAAAGCAGCAAGAGACUUAGUUUCGCCUCGUGUCUCCGAGUUGUUCGCGCAGAUGUCCGUUAUAGGAGAGUGCGCGAUGCAGUUGUCGGUGUGGUGCGGUACGCCCCAAGGAUCCAGCUUUGACCUGUCCAAGCCACAUCCCCAUGCCCACCGUAAUGGUUUUUAUGAAUGGCUUGACCAUUUGGACCAUGGUUACAUGCCAGUACACCUCAUCAAUCCAUUCCGAGGAAAACUGGAUUAUCCUGCCUACAAAGCUCGCAACCCAAAAACUGUCCGAGCCAUGCGCGAGGCAGAAGACAAUCUCGACAAAUUUUGGGCAGAUAUGCAAAUUACUGGAGCGUUUGAUAGACUGGCGGUAGUAGGAGAGAAGAUCAAAGCAAAGACAAAGGGAAGCCCAGAGUCUGUGAUGGGUGUUGAUGUACCUCAGACACACAUGUGCGGCACCGAUGAUGAAGAGAACGUCCCGCAGGUUUUCAUGUUGGACAAGCGCGCCUUAAAGGUCAUGAAAACGCUAUUUCAUGUUCCUCAGUUUGACCAUGACGAUCUCCCCAAGGGAGUAAAGUGGCAUGAAUUCAAGCGGGCUAUGGCUCACAUUGGAUUUGCUGUUGAGAAACUGCAGGGCUCAGCAUGGCAGUUCACCCCCGGUGAAUCGCUUCAUGUUCGUCGUGCCAUUCAGUUUCACGAGCCGCACCCAGUCAGUGACAUUACGUACAUUAUGGCAAAGCGAUUUGGAAGGAGACUUGAGAGGGUCUAUGGUUGGAACAGCGCUAGUUUUCGACCCGCUUGA